AUGGCGCAAGCCUCACAUCCGACCCUGACAAACCUGCCUCCUCCAGACCCUAACCCCGAGACUCCCUCGGAGAUUCCCGGCACGCCCACGAGCACCACGACAUCUCUCUCUGCCAUUUCGACAACCGCCAUCAAGGACGGCCACCGCGGCCACUUCCACGCCGGGCCCUAUUUCCGCGGCCACCAGCACAAUCCAUCGGCGACGACGCUCGAAGCCGAACGGGCCGAUCGCAUCUCUCGCCUGGCCGGCCUCGAGAGGGUGUCGACGCUGCGAGCCGCGCCGCAUACUCCAACAAGCACGGGUGGCCGCGCAUCGUCGCUGUCUCCACAGACUACACCUACGUCGACAGCUGGCUUCCCUCUCAAUUACCCUGCGACGCAACACCUAACGCCGGCGUACUUUGACAGCAAUGGACAGCCCGUCGCAGUGACCAAGAUGAGCACUGUCGGUACUGCUAGUGCAACCGACAGCCAUCUGGCAGACAGCGAGGACAGGCGCACCGUUGGCGAUCGCGACGAGGAUAUUCUGAGCACGGAUACUAACUACCGCGAGGGCGAGUCGGUCACAAGCACUGGCGUGGACCAAGAUGCAAUGGACGAGGACCUCGAAGGCCUGGGCGCACAUUCCAUGGGUGGCUUUGAGGAUAGAAUGAGCGACGAUGGCUCUGCCUCGCUCGUUGGCUUUGGCGAAGGAGCCGGCAGCACCGUCUCUGGGCCUAUAUACCACCGUCGGCCAGCCCCUGGCGCUGCCUACCAAUGGGGUCUCGAGAGGACCAACUCGGGCAUGAGCGAUGCGCGGCGCGAGAGAGAUUCAUACAUGUCUGGAGGCGGAGACACACCGAUGAGUGCCACAGCCGCUCAAGAGCGACAGUACGCUCGCAUGAUGGAUGGGGUCGCAACAGACGGGCCCCCCACCAACCCUAUACCCCCUGAUCAAGAUGUCUUUGUGGACACAACUUUCAGAGGGCCAGUUCCCGUAGGCCGACAGCCUGCCAGAGAAACCGCAGAGAGAAUUGUGCAGCGGCUGGAUAGCGGCGAGUCCAGGGCUGGUCCGUCGGGAAUGGGCAGUCCAGGCCGAGGAGGCGACAAGCUGGGCAGGUUUUAUUUUGAAACCGACAAACGUGAUGACUGA